AUGGUUGAUUCACUGGACACUUCAGAGCUACCAAUUAUUGACAUUGAUAAAAUAUUAGUCGCUACCGAUUACUUCAGCAUAAUAAACAAACUUGGGCAAGGAGGAUUUGGACCUGUUUAUAAGCACAGGAAUCUUGUUAGGCUCUUGGGUUGCUGCAUUGAAGCGGAAGAGAUAGAGAAGCUAUUGGUUUAUGAGUACAUGACAAACAAAAGCUUGGACACUUUUCUCUUCAGCUGGGUUAUCCAUAGAGAUUUGAGAGCCAUCAAUAUUCUAUUAGAUGAUGACAUGAGUCCAAAAAUUUCAAACUUUGGGUUAGGGCGAACUUUCCGAGUAACAGAAGAACUAGCAAACAUUCAAAGGGAGAUGGGAACAUUGUAA